AUGACGUCGUCGUCGUCGGCGCGGCGGCAGUGGUGGGAUCUGCUGAGCCCGGAACCCUCGGGCUUUGUGCUCGGCUUGAUGCGUGUCCGGACAAAGGCCGCCGCUGUGGAGGAGGUGGAGGGUGCAGCGUCGACGAGCCCGCAGCAGCAGCAGCAGCACCAGCCGGCGUCGCAGCACGAGGGGGCGGCCAUGGUGGACAGCAGUGGUACGGGUGCGGGGGCGGCGGCGGCGGCUGCCGGCAGCGACGGCGGGGGCGGCGGCUCCUCCGCCUCCGGCAGCUCGCCCGCCACUGCGCCGUCGCUGGCCACGUCCCGCGAGGAGGACGGCGAGGCCGACGGCGACGACUCCAAGCGCGACAGCGCCGCCUCCUCGGACCGCAGCCCUGGACAGAGGACCAAGAGCAACCAGCGCUGGCUCAAGCUGCGCACCACGGUGCAGCUGUCGAGCGCCAUCUCCACCUCCGCGCAGAAGAAGCCGCCGCUCAAGCGCGAGGACUCCUUCCUGAAGCGCUUCUCCACCCGCCAGAUCCCAGAGACGCAGGAGACGGUGGACACGGGCGACGACGGCGACGGCGGCUCCACGGCUGCCAGCUUCCCCGAGCUGCAGCAGCGCGCGCCCGCCUUCUGGCUCUCCUGCGACUCCAUCAGCGACGCCGUCUUCCUGCUCGACGUCGCCGUCCAGUUCCGCACAGGUUACCUGGAGCAGGGGUUGAUGGUAUACGACUCCAAGAAGCUGGCGGGCCACUACCUGCGUUCGAGAGCCUUCCUGCUCGACCUGAGCGCGCUGCUCCCGUUAGACCUGCUCCAGAUCAACCUGGGUACCAACCCCAUCCUCAGGUUCCCAAGGUUUCUCAAGGUGUACCGCGUCUACGAUUACUACUACAUGGUGGAGUCGCGCACCGUCUACCCCAACCUGUGGCGCGUCGUCAACCUCAUCCACAUCCUGAUGAUCCUGGCGCACUGGUUCGGCUGCUUCUACUACCUGCUGAGCGAGGCCGAGGAGUUCCAGGGCGACUGGGUGUACCCGUACCGGCCGGGAGAGUACGCGACGCUGACGCGCAAGUACCUGGGCUCGCUGUACUGGUCGACGCUGACCCUCACCACCAUCGGCGACCUGCCCACGCCGGAGAGCAACCUGGACGAUGGAUCGCCGAACGGCCCCAAACACCUGCCCAGGCGCGGUCUCAAAUCCCGAAUACUCCAGUUCAAAUCCAACCGCGGGUACAUCUUCACCAUCGUCAGCUAUCUCAUCGGCGUCUUCAUAUUUGCCACCAUAGUGGGCCAGGUGGGCAACGUGAUAACCAACCGGAACGCUAACCGGCUGGAGUUCGAGCGGCUGCUGGACGGCGCCAAGACGUACAUGCGCCACCACAAGGUGCCGGGCGGCAUGAAGCGGCGGGUGCUGCGCUGGUACGACUACAGCUGGUCCAGGGGGCGAAUUCAGGGCGGCGGCGACAUCAACACGGCCCUGGGUCUGCUGCCGGACAAGCUGAAGACCGAGCUGGCGCUGCACGUCAACCUCAGCGUCCUCAAGAAGGUGACCAUCUUCCAAGAGUGCCAACCUGAGUUCCUGCAUGACCUCGUGCUGAAGAUGAAGGCGUACAUCUUCACACCGGGCGACAUCAUCUGCCGGAAAGGCGAGGUCGCCAGGGAGAUGUUUAUCAUCGCGGACGGCAUCCUCGAGGUCAUCAGCGAGACCGGGAGGGUGCUGACCACGAUGAAAGCGGGGGAUUUCUUCGGUGAGAUUGGCAUCCUGAACCUCGACGGUCUCAACAAGCGGACGGCGGACGUGCGCUCGGUGGGCUACUCGGAGCUGUUCAGCCUGUCUCGGGAGGAUGUGCUGGCCGCAAUGAAGGACUACCCAGAGGCGCAGGAGAUCCUGCAGAACCUCGGCAGGAAGAGGUUGAUGGAGGCGCGCAACAUGAACAAGCCCAAGACUGCGGCCGGCCACGGCAGCAGCCACGGCCGGCACGGCGAGCACGGCGGCGGCGAGGCGGGCGACGACAGCGCGGGAAAGCGCAUCGUGGACCGCCUGCGCUCCGACGUCAAGGGGCUGAAGAACGCGCUGCGCAAGAGCCGCAGGGGCCACAGGACGAACGACGAGUCGCUGGAGCUGCAGCCGCUGAACCCGGACGGGGGGCCGGCGCCCGGCGAGCGCCACGGCUCCGGCAAGGGCGUGCUGCGGCGCAUGUCGCGCGUCCGCAGCGACGAGGCCGACGACAUCGUCCGGCCAGCCGCCGACCACCACCCGCAGGCAAGUGCGGCGCGCCGCGGCGCGGCAGCCGGGGGGCGAGGGGGCGGCUGGAUGGCGUUGUAA